AUGAGGACAUCCGCUCUUUGCGCGGUGGCCGUGUGCGCCGCUGCGGCAUCGGCUCAAGUUCGCCUGCCGUUCACACGUCAGCCCUACCCAAAGGUAGACGGUGGGAGCGUCAGCAGCAGAGCGGUGGACGAGCGCCGCUCCACCGUCGACGUCUUCACGGCAGACACGGUCUAUCUUGUGAAUGUGACCGUCGGCACGCCGCCACAGGGGCUGUCCCUGAUGCUCAGCGUGCAAGCCGGCGAAACAUGGGUUCCUAACGACUCGCACUGCAGCUCGGAUGGCUAUUCUGUCAGGUACGGAUGGUGCAAGUACGGGUCCUUCAAGGCCAACGAGUCAUCGAGUUACGUCAAUCCGGGUACCGAAGACUUCAUGACGAGCUACACCGAAGGCUACGCGUACGGCGAGGUCAUGAGCGAGACGCUCGGCAUCGGCGACAGUAAGCUGGAGAAGGUCAACAUGGGCUUCGUCAACUCUGCCGAUAUCUACAUUGGUGUUUUAGGACUGGGCUUCAACACGAGCGCGUACAUCGCGAGCUACAGUUCCAACUCGAGCCUCUCGACUGGGCUUCCUACGGUCCCGGAUCGCCUGCUUACAGAUGGCCAAAUCAAGUCGACCGCGUACAGCCUCUGGCUCGACGAUGAUACCGCCGAGUCUGGGAACCUUCUUUUGGGUGCAAUCGACAAGUCCAAGUUUGAGGAGGGUUCUCUCAUCCGGUUCCCGAUCGACACCAGCUUUUCGUCCCAAAAGAUCUUCGACACCACCAUCUAUUCGGCGAACGGCAGCAAAUCUUCCUCGGAUCCUCUCGAACCUCUAGGAGAUCUGGGCUCAUUCUACAUGAACAAGCCCAACGUGCGCCUGAUCCCUCACAACGUCGUAUCCUGGUUUCCUGAUGACCUAGCUCGGGAUAUUUACAAGGUCGCUGGGGCCGUGUGGUACGAGUCGAGAAAGAGCUACGUCGUGCCCUGCUCUACCAACACGUCUACGGCGCAGUUGACUAUUCAACUUCACGGCGUGGAUGGGCCUAUUCUUCAGGUGCCCAUCUCCAACCUCAUACUUCCACCUAGUGUCUGGUCUUCGGGGAAGUGGUCUUGGGACACAGAAUCGGCCACUACUUACUGUCUCUUCGGAAUACAGUCGUACAACUCGACAACCUCCGGAAGCUCGAGCAGCUCAAGCGACGUCUACUCUUUGGGAGGACUGAUGUUGAAGCGGGCAUACGUGGUCUUCGAUCUCGCAAACGAGGAAAUCGCCAUUGGAAAGACCAAGUUCGGAGGCACUGCAGCGGAGGACAUUAUCGUCUUCCCCAGCUAUGGAGCCGAGAUCCCCGAAUCUACAAGCGUUAGCGUACGCUCAAGCCGGUGUUCCGAGUACUCUACCUCCUCAGACUGCAGUUCGGACUCCGGUGGCGACUACUAUGGAGGGUACUACGGUUCGUCUGGCCUUUCGAGGGGUGCCAAGAUAGGCAUCGGUGUUGGUGUCGGCGCUUUUGUGCUGACCGUCCUUGGCCUUACUGUUUGGGCCGUCAUGAGAUGUCGGCGGAUCAGACGAGCAGAGGCCGAGGUGGCUGAGAAGCAGGGAAGCAUGGAGGAUGGCAAGGCGACCGAGAAGCAUGGAGACACCAACUUCGGCAAAGAUGGUUCUUUACCUCUGAAAAGUCCGGUCUCAGUCUCCUGUGACUCGGCAGCAGCUGAGCCGGUGACGACUUCAGGGGAACCUACGCAGGAAGGCCGUGACAUGGGGACAAGGAGCUCAGCGCGUUCCCCCGGGGGUUUGUACCGUUUUCAAAUAUUGUUUUCUCGCAAAUUCUGGGGCAUCAAAGCCACCGUUUAG